UCUAGAAUAUUGUAGUCCACUUUUGUCCUACGAAGCAGGCAGCCGUUGUGUCAUUUUGUCUGUUCAUGUGUCGGAAUUUAAUAUUUUUAUUUAAUACGUACCUACCAAGCAAUGACGUCGUACACAGAUAAAGGGUCGAAACCAUCAGACGGUCGGUUCAUAUCGUUUCAUCACAUCACCUUUUGGGUCUCAAACGCCAAACAAGCAGCAAGCUACUACAUCUCUCGCUUUGGUUUUGAACCACUUGGAUAUCAAGGACUCGAGACUGGCUCAAGAAGAAUAGUAUCACACGCUGUCAGAUUAAACAAGAUAAUCUUUAUAUUGCAAGCACAAUAUGAGCCACAAGAAACAGAAUUUGUGAAAGAGGUAGCAUUCCAUGGAGACUUUGUGAAGGACGUGGCAUUUGAGGUAGAAAACCUGGACUUUAUCGUGGAGUACGCGAGGAAACAGGGCGCUGUCAUUGUGAAGGAUAUUUGGGAGGAGAGUGAUAAAAACGGGAUAGUAAGGAUGGCUGUGUUGAAAACUUACGGCGACAAUACUCAUACAUUAAUAGAUAAAUCGAAAUACAGGGGUUCUUUCUUACCUGGAUACCAAACGCAAGAUUCAGAUCCAAUACAAAAAUUCUUGCCGAAGGUGGAGAUAAACUUCAUAGACCAUGUCGUUGGAAACCAGCCAGACAACGAGAUGGAAACAGCAGCAUCCUGGUACGAGAAAUGUCUACAGUUUCACAGAUUCUGGUCGGUGGAUGACAAACAAAUAUUCACGGAGUACUCAGCUUUACGGUCUAUCGUGAUGGCGAACUGGGAGGAAACGGUGAAGAUGCCCAUCAACGAACCCGCCCCGGGGAAAAAGAAGAGUCAGAUCCAAGAGUAUGUGGAGUACCACGGAGGCGCCGGUGUACAGCACAUUGCUCUAAAUACAGAGGAUAUUAUAACUGCGGUUGAAAAUCUGCGUGCCCGGGGUGUUGACUUCCUGUCAAUACCGUCUUCAUACUACACGAUAAUCCGCGAUCGGCUUCAGCACAGCAAAGUGAAGGUCGCGGAAAGCAUCGAUGCACUAGAGAAACUCAACAUCCUCAUAGACUACGAUGACAACGGCUACCUUCUGCAGAUAUUCACAAAGAACACCCAGGAUAGACCUACACUGUUCCUUGAAGUUAUACAGAGGAGAAACUUUAAUGGUUUCGGAGCUGGCAAUUUCAAGACGUUAUUUGAAUCAAUAGAAUACGAGCAAGAACGUCGCGGCAACCUCUAAUGAAAACGAUACUAUAACAAAAUAACACUCCAUAUUAAAAAGUAGAAAUAUUGAAUGUUGUUAUAGAUCUAGGAUCAAGUAUCACCCUGGAUUUGCUAAUCAAAUAAUAAUACCAUACUUGAUCACUUUAACAUACAAAAACUGUUACUGUUACUGACAAUGUUGUGACUUUGUCAAAUUCUGUUUUGUUUGUUGGUCACAAGUGAAAUUUGUCUUUUUAAGAAACAUGUUGAUAUUUUAUUUAUGUAUAUAUUAUUCUGCAAAAUCAUAAGCUACGCAAGAAGGAUUUUUAAUUAAUAAAUUCCUUGCUAUGUAAAUAUAGUUAAUUAGAUUUUUUAUAUUGUGGUGAUUCAUUGACAAUCACAAUAUAGAUGUGUAUAUAAGCUUGUAAAAUAUUAAUACUUAUCUUAUGACGAUUUAUAUGUAAAGAGAUCGAUUUAAAUAAAAUCUUAUUCAAUUCAUAAUAUUGAUAGAAUGAGGGCAGUAGCAUAUUAAAACGUGAUAAAAAAUUUCACAAUAUUAGAAGUUAAAGUUAUUAUCACCAUAAUGAGUAUAUUAUUAUUCAACUAAAUCAUAUAAAACUGAAAACAAAAUUUUAUGAACGAUGCGGGACUCGAUCCCGCGACCUCUUGCGGUUUAACUAAAUCAGUAGAUUCAAAUAGUAAAAGUAUUAUACUCUGAAUAAAAGAAAGUGUUAACACCACAAGCGUAUAGCUUGUGUGUCACUUUCGGGUGCAUGGUAAAUCCAUUUAAUACUUGAUCCUAGUUAUAGAUUAACCCCCUUAUUCAUAAUAGUCUGCUAACUUAAAGCAUUGCUAAUUCUCACUCUGUCUUCUUCUAUUGACCUAAGUCAGAAUGAGAAAAAACACUCCUUAGCGGCUGUUUAAAGUUAGCGGACCAUUAUGAAUAAGGGGGUAAGUGUUGAUCGACAAAUUAUGCUUUUCUUUUAAUAUAAUAAGAAUAUCAAAUUACAAAUUGAGUAGAUUGACUAGCGUUUAAUAGAGUAAAAGUCAGUCAAUAUUGUUAUAGUAGGAUCAUGGUCAUAAAUGUGUUUACAAUAUCGCUCGCAUAAUUAAAUAAUUAUAAAUAUUAUUAGUUAAAUAAAAAAUAUUUCAAAUUA